CGGCGGCGCGGAGCCCCGGCCGGGCGGCGGCGGCGGCGGCGGAGGUCUCGCCAGGGCGCAGACGCCGACGACGCCAACGUCCCUCUCUCCCCCGAGCAGCAGCGGAGCUUGAGCAGCGGCAGGAGCGGGAGCGGCGGCACCGCGAUGCCGGAGCAUUUUGACGCCCCGUUUUCCCUGGGCUCCUGCAUGGCCAAGCCGGAACCCGUCCCGCUGGCGGAGCCGCCGGGGCGCGCGGAGGAGACGGAGGCGGCGGGCAGCGCCGACCCGGCAAGGUGGGUUGUGCCCAAGUCGGAGGCGAUGGCUGAUGGCGACGGCGAGGAGCAGCCAUGCGGCGGGGAGCGGGCGGCCGCGGAGGAGCCGACGAGCCCGGAGUGCGGCCACGCAGGCGACUGGCUCAUCCGGAAGGUGAAGGUGAAGGUGGAGGAGGAGGACGAGGAGUGGGCGUGCAGCCCCGGCGCCGGAGCCCUGCCGGGCGGCACCGCGGUGCACAGCGCCUGCAAGCUGGAGCAGCCGAGCCCGGAGGAGCUGGGCUCCGGCGGGCGGCCCGGCUGCGGCGCGGCGCUGCCGGGCGGGAGCCCGUGCGGGCAGUGCGGGGCGCCCGCCCGGGAGCGCCCCUUCGCCUGCGCCCAGUGCGGCAAGGGCUUCAGCAAGAAGGCGCACCUGACGCGGCACCUGCGGGUGCACACGGGCGAACGGCCCUUCCCCUGCGCCCAGUGCGGCCGCCGCUUCCGCCAGGAGAUCCACCUGCGCUCCCACCAGAAGACGCACACGGGCGAGCGGCCCUUCCCCUGCGCCGAGUGCGGCCGCCGCUUCCGCAAGAAGACCCACCUGGUGCGGCACCAGCGCACGCACACGGGCGAGCGCCCCUUCGCCUGCGCCCGCUGCGCCCGCCGCUUCGCCCACAAGCAGCACCUGCUGCGGCACCUGCGGCUGCACGCGGAGCCGGCGCCGGGCGCUGAGCCCCCCGCCGCCGCCGCCGCGCCGCCGCCGCCCCCCGAGCGCAAGCCCUUCGCCUGCCCCGAGUGCGGCAAGAGCUUCGGCUGGAAGAAGAACCUGGCGUCGCACCAGCGGCUGCACCUGGAGGGGCGGCCCUUCGCCUGCGCCGAGUGCGGCCGCGGCUUCGGCGACAAGCGCCGCCUCGCCGCCCACCUCCGCGGCCACAUGGGCCUCGAGCCCUACGCCUGCCCCGACUGCGAGAAGACCUUCAGCCGCGAGCCCAGCCUGGCCGCCCACCGGCGCAGCCACGCGGGCGAGCGCCCCUUCGCCUGCGCCCACUGCGCCCGCGCCUUCGCCCUCGAGCAGCACCUGCUGCGGCACCUGCGGGUGCACGCGGGCGAGCGCCCCUUCGCCUGCGCCCAGUGCGGCCGCCGCUUCGGCUCCCGGCCCAACCUCGCCGCCCACGCCAAGGCGCACGCCGGCGCCCGCCCCUUCGCCUGCCAGCAGUGCGGGCGCGGGUUCGGCCGCAAGUCGCACCUGGCCCGGCACCAGGCGGUGCACACGGGCACCCGGCCCCACGGCUGCGCCCAGUGCGGCAAGCGCUUCAGCGCCAAGACCAACCUGGCGCGCCACCAGGCCGUGCACACCGGCCACCGGCCCUACAUCUGCACCCAGUGCGGCCGGCGCUUCAGCAGGAAGACGCAUCUGCUGCGCCACGAGCGCACCCACGCCGCCGCGCCCGCCCCGGCGCCCGCCCCGGCUUCUCCCGGCGGCGGGGCGGCGGGCUGA